GCCGGGUUUCCCGCCGGAGCGCUUAUCUCGGGGCGCAGGCGCGGGACAGCAGGAAGUCACCAUGUCGAGUCUGCACAAGAGCAGGAUCGCGGAGUUUCGGGACGUGCUGGGCGAGGCCGAGGUGGCUCUGCCGAAGCUCCGCGCGCUCUGCUUCAGCGGGAUUCCUUUUGACGGCGGGCUGCGCUGCCUCUGCUGGAAGAUCCUUUUGAACUACCUCCCAGUGGACAAAGCAGUAUGGAGUUCUCUGCUGAAGAAGCAGAGGGAACUGUAUUCCCAGUUCCUGAAGGAAAUGAUUAUCCAGCCUGGGAUAGCCAAAGCCAACCUUGGUGUCUCCAGGGAGGAUGUAACCUUAGAGGACCAUCCACUCAAUCCAAACCCAGACAGCCGAUGGAAUACUUACUUCAAGGACAAUGAAGUCCUGCUGCAGAUAGACAAGGAUGUCAGGAGGCUAUACCCAGAUAUGGCAUUCUUCCAGCGCCCAACUGAGUAUCCUUGCCUGCUAAUCUUGGACCCCCAGAAUGACUUUGAGACACUACGCAAGCGGGUGGAACAGACAACACUCAAGUCGCAGACAGUAGCACGAAACCGGAGUGGUGUUACAAAUGUGAGUUCCCCUCUCAAACCAUCUGCUCCUCAUUCAUUGAGUGAAUAUGAAGUUCUGCCUAAUGGUUGUGAAGCUCACUGGGAGGUGGUAGAACGGAUUCUAUUCAUCUAUGCAAAGCUGAAUCCAGGGAUAGCAUAUGUCCAGGGAAUGAAUGAAAUAGUGGGGCCUCUUUACUACACCUUUGCUACGGAUCCCAACAGCGAGUGGAAAGAACAUGCUGAAGCAGACACCUUUUUCUGCUUCACCAAUCUAAUGGCUGAGAUCCGGGACAACUUCAUUAAGAGCCUGGAUGAUUCUCAGUGUGGCAUUACCUACAAAAUGGAGAAGGUCUACUCCACCCUGAAGGAGAAGGAUGUAGAACUGUACCUUAAACUGCAAGAACAGAACAUCAAGCCUCAGUUCUUUGCCUUCCGCUGGCUAACACUGCUGCUGUCCCAGGAGUUCCUGUUGCCUGAUGUCAUCCGUAUAUGGGACUCUCUCUUUGCUGAUGACAACCGCUUUGACUUUCUUCUGCUCGUUUGUUGCGCCAUGUUGACACUAAUCCGGGAUCAACUGCUGGAAGGGGACUUCACUUUAAACAUGAGGCUGCUACAGGACUAUCCCAUCUCUGAUGUCCAUCUGAUUUUGAAGAAAGCAAAGGAGCUUCAGGAUUCCAAAUAGUCCAUGAGCCUGGUGGUGUCAGAGGAACUGUGCAGUAGCAUAUGCUAGGAGACGCCCUCUUACAGUUCGGAGCUCCUGCAAGCCUCUGCAGGGCAUUGGGUUUUGUGUUCUACCUACUGGCCUUGUUGAAGACUUCCUUCCACUAUUUAUUAGGUCAUGGACUGACUAUUCCCAGCUAGACAGGUCCUGCACUCCAGGUUUUCUGAAUCUCUUAACUCCAUGCUGCCUAAGCAGCUCUCUGUAUCUUUUUUUUUUUAAUGACUUUUUUAAGUUUGGGGAGAUAGAAACUGUUUAGCUAAGUAUUCCUCAAAGUCUUACAAAACACUUUUUUUUGUGUCUAGCAUUAUGAAGGCGUGUGCUCACACAUGGGGAUUUCUGUGAUAGGGGAAAGAAUGGGAUGGAUCCAGUGGAGUUUGGUGGGUAAGUAGAGAGUCUCCCUUGUAAAUAGAAUGUGUCCCACUUGAUCAGCAGGAUUCUGUGCCUGUGUCUGCACCUUGUCCUCUCUUGGGCAUGCAACAAG